UCUCUUCUCUGCUUAUUUUGUUUUCUAUUUUAGUUCUCACAUUUUCUUAUUAAAAUGUUGUCAUUUGCACAUUUAGAGAUGAUCAUAUUUUCAGUUAGUUUUGAGGGAGGCUGUUUGACCUACCCUUCUUUGUGGGUCGGAUCGAAUUGUUGGCAUCCAAGUUAGGGAAUCCAAGCAAUGCUAUGAACUUAGAAAGGAAAAUUCUAGUAAUAUACUUGAUCUUAUCUCACUCUGGCAUUUAAAUUAGAAUCAACUUGUCAAGUUUGCGGGAAGAGGGAUAGUGGAGAAGGAUUAACAUAGCAUAAGAGGUGGUGGUAUAAAUUAAUUACUUUAAAAGUGCAUAACUUUUUUUGUAGAGCUGUAAAUGAACCAAACAUUUGUGAAUAAGCUUGGGUUUGGUUCAAUAAAAACUUAUUUAUGUUCGUUCAAUUGUAAAUGAAUAUAUAGAAUAAAGAAGCUUGAACACUAGUGAGCUUGGUUCAUUAAUGUUCAUGAACAAUAUUCAUGAAACAAUUUACAAAUAAACUUAUUUAUUAAUUUGUAUAAAAUUUAAUUAUCAAAAAUAGUAUAUUUUGUAGAUUUUUUUUGUGUUCUUUCCAAACCUAGUAUUCAUAAUAUUUUAAAAAUAAAGGCAUAGUAUAAAUUUCAUGAAUAGAUAACAAUUUAAUGUAAAUUAUAACAAUGUUGAUAGUUGAGAUCGAUUAAUAGCUUGAAUAAUGUUCAUGAAAAUGUUCAAGGACAAUGUUCAUGAACAAGCUUGAAUUUGGCUUGAGCUUUAUAAGAUUUUUAAUAAACAAGCUUGAACAAGCUCGAUAAGUAAAUAAACAAGUUGGAACACAACUAAGUUUGGCUCAGUUUGUUUACAUCCCUAUUUUCUUUAUUUUUGUACCUAUUUAAAGGGGCGGCCUGUUCAUGAAGAUUCCUAUUCACCGCAGAUUAUAGAUUUGAAGUUAGCAAGUCAAAAAGUUAAAUUCCUAAUCAAUUUAAUUUGACCCCAUAGAAUUGACACACAAUAUUCCACAUAGAUGGGGCUCGACAAAUCCUAAGUGUCUAAUCCCUCAACAUCGAAGUCAUACUUCUUACCAUAUGAAGUAAAUGUAACACACAUGAUGCUACUUGCAUCACACAACAUGAUCUUAAAUCACUCUUUUGGUAGGUAAGAUAUUUUAGUGAUUAGUUUCUAGGUUAAUAAAAUGAGCUCAAAAAGUUUCAGUUUAGGAGAAGCCAAAAUUUAUAGGGCAAGACUUCGACAUGAGAUUUUAAAUGGUAGAUUAUUAAUUUGGAAUUAUUGUGUGUAUCCUUUACAAUUCCAAGUUUUCUUUUUUACUUUUUAUUAAGCUAUAAAGAACGAGGAGGGUCGAGUGGUAUUGGAGGAGAGUUUGACCCAUUUGAAGCUACGACUUUCUUUGGCGCCUUCUCUUUUGUACCCUUAUCGUUUAUAUCCACCACCCCUCUCAUGUCAAGCACUAUGGCGCAUAUGGAUCAUCAAUGUCCUUGCCAAGCACCUUCGUACCUAGAUCGUGGUGGAGAGUUGUUGGAUCACCCCAUUUUACUUUCUAGUGCCAAUGUGAUUUAGUGAGAAGGUAGGCAAGGAAACCGUGAGGAAGAUCAAGGAGAUGCAAUUUCGCCUCCUAUAUAACACCAAGCUCAGAGUUCUCUCCUUCUCACCAAACAUCUUAUAGAUGCUUUAUUGCUUGAUCAAGCUUGAAAGCAUUACAAGCAAUGAUGGUGAACCAUUUUGAUGAGCUAUAAAGUGGCAAACACGUAGUUCAUCUUCUCAUAGUCAUCUCCCUCUGCAACAUGAGCUCAUUGACGAUGAAAUCAUAAUACUCUACUCAAAGUUCUUAAAUGACAAUACAAACACCAAGGCCAUUACUCUCUCACUUUCUUUCUGGUUGGAGCUUAUGCGCAGCUUUUCUUUUUCCUCUAUAGGAGGCCUUGCAUGCAUCUAUGCUAGCUCCUACCAGUGCCCAUGUCCCAUGCGCUACCAACACAUGUCAUUGACACAGGUCAUCAACAAAGCUUGGUCUAAGUGGAUGUGGACAAUAGAUGUGCCUUUUUUGGCAUGUAUUAGCACGGAAAAAUUGCUAAGCCUUUCCAUUUAUUGUACCAUAAUUAUAAGUGAUGGGGUGUAAUAACUAUCACAAUGAGUUUUAUUUUUAGGAUGUUUGACAAGUGGGAACUAAUGAUUGGCCAAACCUAUACAUAAUGUUGAUUCAUGUCGUACUUUAGCAAACUAAGUUGUAUUAUUAAUGUAAUAAUUUGUAUGUUUGUAUUAGUUCACAAACUAAGUUCUUGUUUCAAUGAUGCCAACUUCUUGCCAACUUCUUGUAUGGAUUGUUUCAAUAAUUUGUUAUUUUUAGGAUUUGCCAACUUCUUGUUUCAAUGAUGCCGUUAUGUUUUGUAUCAAUUCAAUCUUGUAUGGAUUGUUGUGUUUGGAUCUAAUUACCAUUCUUGAUUGGAUAUUUGUAUUACUUGUGAAUCUUGUAGAAGAAUUCUCUAGAUUGUAUGACCGAGGGACGUCGUGACAGAGUUGUCUCGUUAACGGACAUCUUGGGGAUCACCUUGAAGGGUGAAGCAAGAAUCUACAAAGAAGUGAGAUAGAUAGAUGAGUUGUUCCCUAUAUCUUGAUGUGAAUUGAUUAGUGAUGGGGUGUAAUAACUAUCACAAUGAGUUUUAUUUUUGGGAUGUUUGACAAGUGGGAACCAAUGAUUGGCCAGACCUAUACAUAAUGUUGAUUCAUGUCGUACUUUAGCAAACUAAAUUGUAUUAUUAACGUAAUAAUUUGUAUGUUUGUAUUAGUUCACAAACUAAGUCCAAAGAAAGUUGUUGGGUAUUACCCAGGGUUUUCAAUAGCGGCGAAUAGCGCGCUACAAUUAGCGAACGCUCUACAGCGUUCGCUGAUUAGCGAUUGUCCCGAAUAACCCAUGCUAUUUGAGACAAAAGCGUAGAUAGCGCACAUAGCGUGCGCUAUCAUGACUUAGCGGCCCAUAGCGGGCGCUAGAAUUGUAAAUUGCUUACACAAUAGGUAGGGCAAAGGCGUUGAAUCGUGACCGUCGAGGUAGGGCAGAGGCGACAGGCGGCGAUUGGCGAGCGACAACUUGCAAGAGGCGAGCGGCGAGCAGAGACCUAGCGGCGGUGUGAUCGGCGGGCAACAAGGCGAGCGGCGAGGGACAGCGAUUGGAGUUAAGCUUUUCUCCUUCCUUUCGUUUUCUUCGUUUCUUCGUUUUUUCUUUUUCUUUUUUUCUCAAAGGAGCAAAGAUUUCGCGAGUCGGGUAUUUGGAUCGAUCUAGACGCCCUGGAUCGAUCCAAUGAUCGAUCCAGACCCUUUCUGUUCGAACAAAAAGGAUCUCGAUCGAUCACAGGAUCGAUCCAAUUCCUUGGAUCGAUCCAAUGAUCGAUCUUCUAGAUGCCUUGAUUCCCAUUUUUUUCUAAUUAAUUAAUUAUUUGUUCUGAUUUUUUUCUUUUUUUUUUCUAGGAUUUUAAUUGUCUGGUUAGAAUUUGCAAUGUCUACGAAUUUGUCAAAAAAAGAUAAAAAAGAUAUUGGUUGGAAAUAUUGUUAUCAAAAUGAAGGGGAAAAAUUUGUUCGGUGCAAAUUUUGUCAUCAUAUAUCGAAUGGAGGGAUUACUCAUUUGAAAGAACAUUUAGCUCAAACUCAUAAAGGGGUUGCACCUUAUGUUAGUGUUCCGGAUGAUAUUAAGAAAGAAAUUAGAGAAUCACUUGACAAAAUUAGAACAUCUAAAAGCAAACAAACUGAAUUGUUACGAGAGAUUGGUGAAGGUCUCCAGAGUAUGAGUACGCAAUCAUCAAAAGUUGGAAGUGUAGGAGGAAAUUCAAUUGGAUGUUCUGGUAGUGGUGAAUCAAAAGGUAAAGGUACCCUUCAUGGAUUUGUUAGUUCUGAACCUCAAUAAACAACUCUAAAUUCGACAUACAAAAAAAAUUUACUGGUUGAUGUGAAGCGUAGAGUUGGUCGUUUUAUAUACUCUGCCGCACUUCCGUUUAAUGUUGUGAAUGAUCCUUAUUGGUUGCCUAUGGUUGAGGGCAUUGCGGAAUAUGGAAGAGGGUUCAAGCCUCCUUCAAUGCAUGAGUUAAGAACUUGGAUACUUAAAGCUGAGGUUGAUGGUAUCAACCUAAUAUAUGAGGAGCAUAAAAAAGCAUGGAAAAAAUAUGAAUGCACUAUUAUGUCCGAUGGUUGGACAGAUGGAAAGAAUAGAAGUUUGAUUAAUUUUUUGGUAAAUAGUCCCGCCGACACUUUCUUUUUGAAAUCUAUUGAUGCAUCAGCUUCUAUUAAAAAUAGGAAAUUGAUCUUUAAAUAUCUUGAUGAUGUUGUUGAUGAGGUGGGAGAGGAAAAUGUAAUUCAAAUUGUCACAGAUAAUGCUUCGAAUUGCAUUAAGGCGGGGAAAAAAAUUAUGGAGACUAGACAUAGAAUUUGGUGGACACCUUAUGCGGCGCAUUGCAUUGAUCUACUGUUGGAGGAUAUUGCAAAGUUGAAGAUUUUUUCUAACACAAUUGAGCAAGCUAAGAUGGUUGUGAAGUUCCUUUAUGGUCAUGGGACUAUACUUUCUUUGAUGAGAAAGUAUACAAACGGUAAAAAAAUUCUCCGUCCUGCUGUUACUCGCUUUGCUACUUCAUUUCUCACUCUUCAGAGUAUGUAUAAGGUUAAAAGGCCACUUGAACAAAUGUUUGCUUCCGAAGAUUGGGUUAGUUCACCACUAUCUCAAACAACUCAGGGGAAGGUCGUGAAGAGAAUUGUUAUUAAUGAUCCCAACUUUUGGCCACAUGUUGCAUUUUGUGUUAAGAGUGUUGUUCCUCUUGUAAGUGUGUUAAGGGAAGUUGAUUCGGAGGAGAGAUCGGUCAUGGGAUAUAUUUAUGAACUUAUGGAUAAGGUAAAAGAGACAAUAAAAUUUAAUUGUGAGGGAGUUGAUAGAAAAUACAAGCUCAUUUGGAAAAAAAUUGAUUCAUGAUGGACUCCACAACUUCAUCAUCCUCUACACGCGGCUGGGUACUAUUUGAACCCGCAAUUGCGUUAUGAAGAAAGAUUUUCUGAUUGUGAUGAAGUUAGAGAUGGAUUGUAUACUUGCAUGGAUAGGAUGUUGUCUUCUGAUGAUCGUCUUAAAGCAGACAUCCAAUUGGACUUGUAUAAUAAAGCUGAAGGAGAAUUUGGAACUCCAAUAGCAAAAUGAACAAGAAUGUUGCGAACCCCGGGUAAAAUUUUCUUCUUGUAAACGUUCUUGUAAAAUUAUACUAGCAUUCAUAUUUUAAAAUUAUAUACAUUCUUGUAAUUUUUUUUAAUGUUAUUACUUAUUAGUCUCAUGGUGGGAACGUUUUGGAAGUAAGACACCCGAGCUUACUAUAUUUGCAAUUCGAGUGCUUGGUCUCACUUAUAGUGCUUCGGGAUGUGAAAGAAAUUGGAGCACUUUUGAAUCGGUGAGUAUUCUAAGUUUCUAACUCUACUUGAAUUUUAAUUGUUUUAUAAUUUUCAUAUCAUUGUUUAUUUUUAAUUUUUAUAUAUAUGUUUUCUUCUUUGUAAUAUUAGAUUCAUACAAAAAAGAGAAAUAGGCUUGAACUUGCAAAGUUGAAUGCGUUGGUGUUUGUGAAAUAUAACUUCAAGCUUAGGGAGAGAAGCAUUAGGAGGAGAGAUAAGAUUGAUCCCAUUGUAGUUGAUGAAAUUAAUUCGGAUGAUGAAUGGAUAACUGAGAAAGAAGGUCCAGUUCUCCCCGUAACUACUAAAUGGCUUGAAGAUGAUGAAUUAUUUGAAAGUGAUCCUAUUGUGAGUAUGCCGUCGACUACCUUUGAAAGUCUUUUCGACUCAGAUAAGUGAAUCGAAGAUGUUGAGGAUAUAGUUGAAGUUCCUCCUACGAAUUCAAAAAAAAGAGUUGUUGAAAAUUCAAGUGGAAGCAAAGGCAAACAAGCAAGGUUGAGUCUUGUUGAUGUGGAAGAUAAUCAUCUUGAUGCUGAAAAUUAUGGAGGAGUAAUUCCAACAACUUUUGAUAGUGGAAAUUUUCCAACCAUAGACACUAUUGAUGAUGAUAGUGAUAUAGAAUUGGAUGAUACUGAUUAUUUUUAGGUUAUGUUGUUUUAAUUAUAAGACUUUUUAAAUUGUUGUUAUGGGAUAUUUUGACAUGUAAUGAAUUAUUAUGAUUAAUUUUAGGUUAUGUUAUUUUUAUUUUA